AGCGUGCGGUGGGCGGGGCGCCGCGCUGACGUUGCCCGGGAUGCGGGAAGGUUCCCCCGCUGCCGCUGCCGCCGCCGCCUCUGCCUCGCCUGCCAGCCGGGUGUCUAUGAAAACACCCGGUGGCGGGCGGCGAGGGACCCGCCGUGCGUCCAGCGAGCAGCCGCCGGCCCUGCCUGCGCCGAGCCAGCCCGGGGGUGCGGCUCUGCCCCCUCGCUGCCAGCUGCCCCUCCUCAGCCCGCGGACCCAGGAUAGAGCCUGCAACCAAGUUACAUGCUCUCGACUGGAAUUGAACUUGUGACCCUUCAGUUGACCAGUUGCCGCGCUAACCAUCAAGCCAGACCAGAUUACCUGCAAUGGUGAAAUGAAGUAACUCAAGAUGAGCAAGUUAAAAGUGGCAUCAGAUAAAAGCCUUACCAAUAACUCUCGGGUUGUCGGACUCCUCGCUCAGCUGGAGAAGAUCAGUACUGAGCCUACAGAAUCAGAUACUGCCAGAUAUGUUACGUCAAAAAUUCUUCAUCUGGCUCAAAGUCAAGAAAAAAUAAGGAGAGAAAUGACAGCCAAAGGUUCUACAGGAAUGGAAGUUCUGCUCUCAACAUUAGAGAGCACGAAAGAUCUUCAGACUACACUUAAUAUCUUGAGCAUUCUUGUUGAGCUGGUGUCAGCUGGUGGAGGUCGAAGAGCUAGUUUUUUAGUUGCCAAAGGUGGUUCACAAAUAUUGUUACAGUUACUUAUGAAUGCCAGCAAAGAAUCUUCCCCAAAUGAGGAGUUAAUGGUGCAGAUUCAUUCUAUUCUUGCAAAGAUUGGACCGAAAGACAAAAAAUUUGGAGUGAAAGCUAGAAUUAAUGGAGCUCUGAAUAUAACCCUGAACUUGGUCAAACAGAAUUUGCAGAAUCAUCACCUGGUUUUGCCUUGUCUUCAGCUUUUACGAGUAUAUUCUGCAAACUCUGUGAAUUCAGUAUCCUUAGGGAAAAAUGGAGUUGUGGAACUGAUGUUUAAAAUCAUCGGACCAUUUAGUAAGAAGAAUUUGAGUCUUAUGAAGGUUGCUUUAGACACUCUUGCUGCAUUGCUAAAAUCAAAAACAAAUGCCAGGAGAGCUGUAGACAGAGGAUGUGUCCAAGUCCUUUUAACAAUUUAUGUAGAUUGGCAUCGCCAUGACAAUCGGCAUAGAAACAUGCUCAUUCGGAAAGGAAUUUUACAGAGUUUAAAAAGUAUUACAAAUAUCAAGUUGGGAAGAAAAGCAUUUAUUGAUGCCAAUGGGAUGAAAAUUCUCUAUACCACUUCACAAGAAUGUUUGGCAGUCAGGACCCUUGAUCCUCUUGUCAACAUCUCCAGUCUGAUAAUGAGGAAGUGUUUUCCUAAAAACCGCCUGCCACUGCCAACAAUUAAAAGUUCUUUCAAUUUCCAAUUGCCAGUUAUUCCUAUGAGUGGACCUGUGGCUCAGCUCUAUAGUUUACCUCCUGAAGUGGAUGACGUAGUAGAUGAAAGUGAUGACAAUGAUGAUAUUGACUUAGAGGCUGAAAAUGAAACUGAAAAUGAAGAUGACAUAGAUCAAAAUUUUAAGAAUGAUGAUAUUGAAACAGAUAUUAACAAACUAAAACCCCAGCAAGAGCCAGGACGAACGAUAGAAGACCUUAAAAUGUAUGAACACCUUUUCCCUGAGCUUGUUGAUGAUUUUCAGGACUAUGACUUAAUCUCCAAAGAACCAAAGCCUUUAGUAUUUGAGGGAAAAGGACGUGGUCCAAUUGUUGUGCCUACAGCAGGAGAGGAAGCAGCUGGGAAUUCAGGCAAUUUCAGAAAAGGAGUGGUAAUGAAGGAGAAUGUGUCUCCCCUGGGAGAUGAAGGUGAUAAGAAACCUAGCCUUAUGGAUCUGGCAAAAGAAGAUAUUAAAGAUAAUGACAGAACAUUACAGCAACAGCUAGGUGAUCAAAAUAGAACUAUUUCAUCAGUCCAUGGCUUAAACAAUGAUAUUGUGAAGGCCUUGGACCGAAUUACAUUGCAGAAUAUUCCUUCUCAAACAGCUCCAGGUUUUACUGCAGGAAUGAAGAAGGACUACAGCCUCCCUCUUACCGUGGUUACAUGCUCUAAAGCGUGCCCACACGUGGCUGCUUGUGGGAAUGUUCUGUUUGAGGGAAGAACAGUUCAGCUGGGGAAGCUUUGCUGCACUGGAGUCGAGAUUGAGGAUGAUGAAGAUACUGAGUUUGCUUCUUCAAUGGAACAAGUAUCAGUUGAAGUUGCUGAUGGACCAACACUGCAUGACUCAGACCUCUACAUUGAGAUUGUGAAAAAUACAAAGUCUGUCCCAGAAUAUUCAGAGGUGGCUUAUCCUGAUUAUUUUGGUCACAUUCCACCUCCAUUCAAGGAGCCUAUUUUAGAAAGGCCUUAUGGUGUACAAAGGACAAAAAUUGCCCAAGAUAUUGAGAGGCUGAUACAUCAGAGUGAUAUCAUAGAUCGAGUGGUGUAUGACUUAGAUAACCCAAAUUUCAUUGUUCCAGAAGAAGUAGAUAUUUUGAAGUUUAACUCCAAAUUUGAAUCUGGGAAUCUGCGCAAAGUAAUUCAAAUGAGAAAAAAUGAAUAUGAUCUUAUUCUGAACUCGGAUAUAAAUAGUAACCAUUAUCAUCAGUGGUUUUACUUUGAAGUCAGUGGAAUGCGUCCAGGGGUUGCUUACAGGUUUAACAUCAUUAACUGUGAAAAGUCCAACAGUCAGUUUAAUUAUGGUAUGCAACCACUCAUGUAUUCAGUUCAGGAAGCAUUAAAUGCCAGACCAUGGUGGACUCGUGUGGGGACGGACAUUUGUUACUAUAAAAAUCACUUCUCAAGAAGUUCAAUUGCUGCAGGUGGACAAAAGGGAAAAUCCUACUAUACAAUUACAUUCACUAUCAAUUUCCCACAUAAAGAUGAUGUUUGCUACUUUGCUUAUCACUAUCCAUAUACGUACUCAACUUUACAGAUGCAUCUUCAAAAAUUGGAAUCAGCGCACAACCCUCAGCAAAUCUAUUUUCGAAGAGAUGUGUUAUGUGAAACCCUGUCUGGAAACAGCUGUCCCCUGGUGACUAUAACAGCAAUGCCAGAGUCUAAUUAUUAUGAACAUAUCUGUCAAUUCAGAAACCGCCCUUACGUUUUCUUAUCUGCUCGGGUACAUCCUGGAGAAACUAAUGCAAGUUGGGUAAUGAAAGGAACAUUGGAAUAUCUCAUGAGUAAUAGCCCUACUGCUCAGAGCUUACGAGAAUGCUAUAUUUUUAAAAUUGUCCCUAUGCUAAAUCCAGAUGGUGUCAUCAAUGGAAAUCACCGCUGUUCUUUAAGUGGAGAGGAUUUGAAUAGACAAUGGCAGAGUCCAAAUCCAGAUUUGCAUCCUACAAUUUACCAUGCAAAGGGGCUGCUACAGUACCUGGCUGCCGUGAAGCGCCUACCACUGGUUUAUUGUGAUUAUCAUGGCCACUCCCGAAAGAAGAAUGUAUUUAUGUAUGGCUGCAGCAUCAAGGAGACAGUGUGGCAUACCAAUAAUAAUGCAAGUUCCUGUGAUGUUGUGGAAGAUGUUGGAUACAGGACUUUGCCUAAGAUACUGAGCCAUAUUGCCCCAGCGUUUUGCAUGAGUAGCUGUAGCUUCGUAGUGGAAAAAUCUAAAGAAUCCACAGCACGUGUUGUAGUUUGGAGGGAGAUAGGAGUACAAAGAAGCUAUACCAUGGAGAGUACUUUGUGUGGCUGUGAUCAGGGAAAAUAUAAGGGCUUACAGAUUGGUACACGAGAAUUGGAAGAGAUGGGAGCAAAAUUUUGUCUUGGUCUGUUGCGUUUGAAAAGACUGACAUCCCCAUUGGAAUAUAGUCUGCCUUCCAGCCUGCUUGACUUUGAAAAUGACUUGAUUGAAUCAAGCUGCAAAGUAACUAGCCCUACCACUUAUGUUUUGGAUGAAGAUGAACCUCGAUUCCUCGAAGAAGUUGAUUACAGUGCCGAGAGUAAUGAUGAAUUAGAUAUUGAAUUAGCUGAAAAUGCAGAUUAUGAAACUUCUACUCAAGAAGAAGUACUUUCUGAUUCUGAUUCAUCCAGAACAUUUCUACCGUGAUCCCUCUUCCGUCUCUUGUAAAUGCAAAGAAGAAAUGAACUAUCUUGAUUUUUAUUACAUGAGAAGUUUGGAAGAAAUGAGUUUAUAGAGAGAGCUGACUCAUAUAGAUAAAAAGAAACUUGGGCCUGUUUGGUUUCAAGACAAUAAAUAUGUUAUUAAUUCAUGAUAAAAUUGGCACUUGUUUUAUUUUAGCUAUUCAAUGCACUUUAUAUAUAGCAUUGAAUCAUCAAGUAUUGGAUUUACGAUUUUAAAGGAAAACCUGAGUAUCAUUGCAUGAAUUUUUAUCUCCUUAUGGUGAUAUCUUGCAUCAGAUGGAUAAUUCUGAAGUGUGUGAGAAUAUAAAAUCUAAAUUCUAGAGUUGAGAAUCCUGAACUUUUGAGAACUAAUAUAUAUGUACAUGGAUGUCUAUAGAUGUGUCUGUGUAGGGAGGGUGGGUAGAUAUUGAAGAUAAGACUGUUCUUCUGAAUCAUGUUAAUUGUUGAGCUGUGAUUGAAUAAUCCAGAGUUUGCCUUGGAAACCAUUACAUUCUACAUUUACCAAAUUAAACAAAUAAAAUCAAUAUUAAAUAUUGCA